AUCCCAUCGUCCUCGUCAUGACUCUCACCUGAUAUAUUCAGCACUUUUCAUAUUCCGUCUUUGCAACUUGUUUCUCGCUUCUGCAGCGUCCCUCAUUUUUUUCUCUGGUAUCGUACCUUCCAGAGUGUCAUCUUCUGUAGCUUACCCUGAUUGUCAAAACGAAUUCAGCAUUUGUUUUGUUGUUCGGCAUCUCUGGAAGAUAAACAUUCGAUACCCAGCACGUUAUCAGCGAUCUUUCUGUCAUUUGGCAAUAUCCUGUCACAGUCAUUUCCAACCGCCGUUAUGGGGCUUUCAUCAUGGUUUUCUUCCAGCACUAUCUCUGACAAGGCUGAUGAACCGGCUCCACAGGCGGCCACCGCCACAGGCCUGACUAUGGAUUUUGAUACUAUCGUGGGAAGAGUUGUAGCGAUGAAAGAUGAACUCGCCCAGGCUCAUGAACUCUGCGAACAAGCUAAUCUGCAGUUUGCCAAGUACCGAGUGGAAAUUCAGGAGCUCAAACAGUCAUUUUCUGCAGAACGGUCCUCGAAUGCAGUCCUCAAGGAAAUGCUGAGUGCUGAGAGGAAGCAUUCCGCGGCUAUCCGGGACAAGGCGAAUAUCGACAAGCAAGAACUCAAGCGGCAGAAAGUGAUAACGACACAAAUGCAAGCACGACUGAACACCGAGGCCGCUUCUCUCAACGCCAUGACCAAGCACGCCCGAGAGAUUGAGCAGCGAUAUUCUGAGGCUCAGUUCGAUCUAGAAUACCUCAAAUGCACUACAGACGCUGAGAGAGCUUUGCAAAGCCCAUCAACCGACGACAAGGAUUCUCCAUUGCCGCCUUUACCAUUUGUUUUGGUCCUCGUGGACGGCGAUGCGUACUCGUGGUCUCGAGACAUCUUUUCCACCGAAAAUAGAGCGAGGGGACGUGAUCUGAUCGAGCCAGGCGGACUUGCUGCCACUAAAAUCAAGAAUGAGGUCACGAAAUAUAUCAUGAAUCAGAACGGAAGAAUACCAUUUGCUUCGAAAAUCAUUACCAGAGUGUUUUGCAACUACGGAGGUUCCGAAGGUCGUAUGCUAUCUAAGCAACGGGCGAAAGCAACGGCUGUUGGUUUGCGAGAUUUUGCUGUGCAAUUCACCGAGAGAAUGCCCUUAUUUGACUUUUCCGACGCGGGCAGAGGUAAAGAAAGAGCUGACGACAAGAUCAGAGAGAACUUCCACUUAUUCCUCAGUACUCCGAAUUGUCACGCCGUCUUCGUUGCUGCAUGCACCGAUGCCGGGUUUGCUCGAAUGCUGGAACAGUACGCCGAUCAUCCGAUCGCCUAUGAGAAAAUCGUACUGGUGACACCCGGAUUCGCUACUCUCGAGAUUGAGAAGUUGCAGUUCAAGCAGACUGUUUGGCCGAAUGUCUUUGGAGUCAGGGCAUUGUCGAAGGAAGAAGUCCUCAGGCGGGAGAUUAUCUUGCGCAAGAAACGCCUCGCGAAGAGCUUCGCCUACAAGGGCUUACUUGGUCGUACUUUGGGCGGCGGUACCUCGAUUGACUCUCGGGACUUGCUCAUGGCCGUGGUGCCCAAGGGGAGUGCUAUCAGUGUUAUGAGCAAGUUCAGUCAAGGUGGAGGCGCAAGGGGCUCAGACUUUGCAGCAGGACCUCCUGCUCGCCUCGCGAUAAUGUCGGCGGACGAUGACGUCGAUUGAGCGUCAUAUGGCUAAUGAUGAGUCUGAUAUCCCGCCCGUGAACAUUUGAACGUCGCAUCGGCGAGGUCGAUCUGGCUAUUUGCGGUUGCCAUACGGUAUCUACUGGUAGCUAAUCUUCAUGCUGCUGGAGCGAGAGAGGACUAGAGAUCUAGUGCAGGCAUCUCGUUUAGAAAGGAAGCUGUCGAUGAUCCGUAGCAUAUGCAGCGAAAUCCAUCUAUGUGUUCCUCCUCCA